AUGGCAUACCAUAAAAUCUCUUGUGUUGUUUUUUUCUUAGUGUUAGGCAUAGGCAUAUGCACUGCCACCAGGGCCCUCCUCACGUAUGAACUUGGAGGACAUGCUGGUGUUGGUGUUGGUGUUGGUGUUGGUGUUGGUGUUGGUGUUGAUGUUGGUGUAGGUGUAGGUGGGUAUGCCGAUGGCAGAGGCGGUGGAAGUGGUGAAGGUGGCGGGGCAGUUCAUGGUGGAGGAGGAGAGCAUGCUGGUGGAUAUGGUGGCGGUGGUGGGGCAGUUCAUGGUGGAGGUGGUGAGCAUGCUGGUGGAUAUGGUAGUGGAAGUGGUGAAGGAGGUGGCGUUGCUGGCGGUGGGGCAACCUACGGCAGUGGAGCUGGUGGCGGAAGUGGCGGCGGGGUAGCUCAUGAUGGAGGCAGUGGGCAUGCCGGUGGAUACGGUAGCGGAAGUGGUGAAGGAGGCGGUGCCGCUGGUGGUGGAGCAGCAUAUGGUGGAGGCGGUGGUGGUGGAAGUGGAGUUGGUGGGGCAUCUGGGGCUAGAGGUGGCCAUGCAGGUGGUUAUGGCGGUGGUGAAGGUGGAGGCCAUGGAGGUGGGGCAGCUGGCGGUGGAGCUGCUUUUGGCGGUGGUGGCGGUGGUGGUAGUGGUGGUGGUGGCGCUUAUGGGGCUGGAGGAGAGCAUGGCGGAGGUUAUGGAGGUGGCGAAGGUGGGGGCCAUGGAGGUGCCUAUGGUGCUGGUGGGGCCGGAGGACACGUAGGAGGUGGUGGAGGUGGAAGUGGUGGUGGUGGUGGUGCAGCAUAUGGAGGUGGCGAAGCAGGAGGUGGGUACGGUAGUGGUGGUGGAGGAGGUGGUGGACACGGAGGAGGUGCUAGUGAAGGAGGCUAUGUUGCUGGUGGCGGUGGUGGAUCUGGUGGCGGAGGUGGCUCUGCUGCUAGUGGCGCCCAUUCUGGUGGCUAUGGUGCUGGUGGGGGAGAAGGGGGUGGUCAUGGAGGAUACAUGCCUUGA